AUUAAUGGGUUUUUUUAGGGCGGGCAAAGAGAAGCUGGACGCUCAUGUGAGAGCCAGAAGGGUUCUUAAGCUGUCACACGUGACAGCUGUUUGAAGUCAACUCCAAGUCAACAUUAAAAAAAAGAAUCAACAUUGUAGAAGCUGUAGAAGCUCGCUUUGCCUCCUUUACAUUGUUUUGCUUGCACCUGCUGCAUGCUUGCGGCGGACUUGGACAGAAGGCAACGGAGGUAGCGACAGAAGCAAGAGCAGCGUUUGAAACCCUUGCAUUGAGAAUAGUUGGACGGGGAGAAGGCUGGCACUGGCAUUUCUUGCAGGAGGCGUGCGUUCUUCAGCAGAUCCCAAAGAACUUAGUGGCGGUGCUCAGCUGCUGAUGCUGCCAGGGCUGGUGUAUUUGCCCACGGGAGUCGAGGGAGCAGGAAGGUAACAAAUCAUCCAGACUCUCUGAAGGGGAGGCGUUUUCUUGCAUAAUAAUUGGGAAAAGAAGAAGCCCUUUGAAGAGAGUCCAUAAUGGACAAAUGUAGCCUUUGGGGAGAUGCUGUCAUUAUUUUUGUUCCCCAUUUGCGGAGAUAAAAAGGAGUCGACAAGGAGCAUCCAGAGCAAUUCUUUGGGGCCCUUUUUUGCCAUUGUGCUCGUCUUCUGUCUGUGCAUUGCUAUUUGCUGACCUUUCCCAGUGGAAUCUGUGCCCUCCCUUCCCCAUUUGCUCCACCCCAUACAGUUCCAGCUGAGAAGAAGCACUGAUUUCCCCCUCCAUACCCUGUCACAAGACCCCCACAAGACCCCUUUCAUGGAAGAUAUACCUUUAUGUUGAAAUCCUUUUGUCGCAGCAUGGCAUUGUUGCCAUUCAACGGGAAAUAAAAUUUUAAAAGCUCAAGGAACAGGAAUAGGGAAGACGGAAGAAAGCCAUCUGAGAUCACUAGCAAAGAAAGGAUGAUAUAAUAUCUUCCCUUUCAAGAGCUCAAGAGCCACAUUCCACCAAGCCUGGGAAGAUCUCUAUUUGGGAAGCUCGGGGGAAGAAAUGCCACUGAAAACCAUAGUAAAUAUGAGUGAUGGAUUGCAGUGUGCCAUCUAGAAGCGGGUUUUAACACAUUUGCUUCUGGGUUGCAACUAUUUCUCUGGCCUGCAUGAUGCCUGAAGACAGGAAUACGGGGGUCCGUGCCUCAGGUGCCUUAGCAUCAUCCCCCUUUGUUCCCAAAACUACCUACAGGAGAAUUAAGCGGUGUUUUAGUUUCCGCAAAGGAAUCUUUGGGCAGAAGCUGGAAGACACGGUCCGUUACGAGAAAAGAUAUGGAAACCAUUUGGCUCCCUUGUUGGUGGAACAGUGUGUGGAUUUUAUUCGGCUGCGUGGGCUACAAGAGGAAGGGCUUUUUCGACUGCCAGGCCAGGCUAAUCUUGUCAAAGAAUUACAGGAUGCUUUUGAUUGUGGAGAGAAACCAUUGUUUGACAGAAAUACAGAUGUACACACGGUGGCAUCGCUUUUGAAACUGUACCUCAGAGAGCUCCCAGAGCCAGUUAUCCCGUACGCCAAAUACGAAGAUUUUCUUUCCUGUGCCAAACUGCUCAGCAAAGAAGAGGAAACGGGGCUGAACGAAUUAGUCAAACAGGUGAAGAGCUUGCCACUCGUCAACUUCAACCUGCUGAAGUAUAUUUGCAGAUUCCUGGAUGAAGUUCAGUCCUAUUCCGGAGUCAACAAAAUGAGUGUGCAAAACCUUGCUACCGUGUUUGGUCCCAACAUCCUGCGCCCCAAAGUGGAAGACCCUCUGACCAUUAUGGAAGGUACUGUUGUCGUCCAGCAGUUGAUGUCCAUGAUGAUAAGUGAACACGCGCUGCUGUUUCCCAAGGAUGCAGACAUGCAGAGUGGACAGGAGGUGUGUAUUAACAACAAUGAGAUCCAAAAGAAAGUGAUCAUCGGUCAGCUCCAGAACAAAGAGAACAACAAUACCAAGGAGUCAUCACCGGUGAGACGCUGCUCUUGGGAUAAACCUGAAUCUCCUCAAAGAACCAUUGUGGAGAAUGGAUCUCCGACAGCCCAGCCUGGGAGCAAGUCCAGUAGCCCCAGAAAUAGCAUUCACAAACUGGACAUCACCAGAAGUCCACCCCUCAUGGUGAAAAAAAACCCGGCAUUUAAUAAAGGCAGUGGCAUAGUCACCAAUGGGUCCUUCAGCAGCUCUGUGGAGGGUCAAGAGAAAACAUCACCAGCCUUGCCCAAUGGCACUUUGCAGACUAGAAGAACAUCCUCCCUGAAAGGGCCAGUGACCAAAAUGGGCACACACAGUGUGCAGAAUGGAGGUGUACGAAUGGGCAUUUCCAGCACCGAUGCCCAUAGCAACUCUCUGAACAGCCGGAACCAGAGCUGGAUGCCCAAUGGGUACGUGACACUGAGGGACAACAAGCAGAAGGAGCCCACGGGCGACUCGGGCCAGCACAACAGACUUUCUACCUAUGACAACGUGCACCAGCAAUUCUCCAUAGUGAACGCUGAAGAUAAGCAGAGUGUCGACAGUGCAACCUGGUCCACGUCUUCUUGUGAAAUAUCCCUCCCUGAACAUUCCAACUCCUGCCGCUCGUCGACCACCACUUGCCCCGAGCAAGACUUCUAUGGGGCCAAUUUCGAAGACCCCAUCCUAGAUGAACCCCCACAUGAAGACCUCUCCAACCAAGGAGAUUACGAGAACAAAGGUGACCGAAGAAGCGUGGGGGGACGCAGCAGCCGGGCAACCAGCAGCAGCGACAACAGUGAAACCUUUGUGGUCAACAACACAAGCAACCAUAGUGCUUUGCACAGCCUUGUGUCGAGCUUAAAGCAGGAAAUGGCAAAACAGAAGCUGGAGUAUGAAACGAGGAUAAAAAGCCUUGAACAAAGGAAUCUCUCCCUGGAGACCGAAAUGAUGGGCUUGCACGAUGAACUGGAACAGGAGAAGAAGAAGUUUACCAUGGUAGAAAUUAAAAUGCGCAAUGCUGAGCGGGCCAAAGAAGAUGCCGAGAAGAGGAAUGACAUGCUGCAGAAAGAGAUGGAGCAGUUCUUCUCAACAUUUGGAGAACUGACAGUUGAGCCACGUCGGCCGGAAAGAGGGAACACCAUAUGGAUCCAAUGAGCACUGCUGCUGACCAAGACUGUGGGAUUCUGGGAAGAGGGUUGUUGGGAUAUUCUAUUGUAACAGGUGACUGGUCACCUGACUGAGGCUAGCACUCAAUGUAAUGUUGUCGACCCGCAAAAAAAAGCACCACCCCUACAUCAGCCAACUGCAUCUGCCAUGUGUACUUUUUAAUUGAGAAAUCAUAUUCCUUGAAUGCAUCAUAAUGCUACUGUUAAGUGUUACAAAUGGGUUUGUGUAUAUAGAUUUUACACAGGUCAUCUGAGGGAGGGAGGGAAGGAGGGAGGGAGGGUGAUAGAGACAAGAAAAAAAAUAUUUUAAUGCAAGUCUUAUAUUUAAACUGGCAAACAGUAACUUCAUUGCAAUCAAGCUUUAUAGUGAGGCUUUUCUCCUUUGCACUUACUUAACAUAAGCUAUUUUUGGCAUUGUGUUACCAUCAGCUUAUUUUGUAUAUUAUUUUUUCCCCUUUGGUUGCCCCUGUUGCUGGGGAAUUAAGAUAAACAUCUAUAUAUAUAGAUAUAUAUAUAUAUAAGGUUAGCUAUUAAACAAAACAAAAAAGA